GCGUCGACGUGCGACAAUAACAUGCCGCGCUAGCGAUGGAUAACGUUCUCGUUCCUACUGGUCCUGACAGAUUACACAUCUCUCCCUACUGCGGUCCACGAGUCCUUGCAAGGACUCGGCAAGGUGUUAAGGGGGUAUUCUUCCGCCAGUCUUAAUUAAACAAUUAAUUAAUUAAUUAAUUGAAUUUUUUUGUGCAUAUUCUGUCAGCGACAUACAGUUUGGUUAGUACAUUUUCAUAGCGUACAAUUUUAUUACCACGGUUAUUAUUUCACAUUUUUCAUAUUUUAUAUCUUACUGCAAUAUCACGAGUUUUAAUUUUUCUUUGCCAAUUAUAAAACUUUGAAUUUAUAAACCGAAUUUUGCGAUUAUUAUUAUUAGUCCUUCUGCCUGAAUGCGUUUUCAAUUUUAAGUACGUUUAGUGAAUAAGAAAACAAGUUAGAUUUAUGAAGCUGCGGACCGUUUUGUGAAAACCACCGAGUGAUGCCUCCGACAAAACAUACUUAUUAACAGUAGCGGAUCGUUUCACUAGAAGAUCAUAGUGUUAUCUUAUUAAAAAAGAAUAAUAAAAAAUAAUAAAUUAAAAAAUAAAUUUUUCAUAAUAAUAACCGCCAACGCAUGAUGAGUAGAAUGCUCCCUUACGCUUCAGACCCGACGCCGCGAGAGCGAGAGAUGCUGCAAGCGUAGUCGCUGCAAGCUUAGUCGCUGCGAUCUCAGGCGCUGAAAGAUAAUCGAAUGAUCACGCACUCUCUUAAUCUAGGACGAGUAGGGAUAAAAAUUGUAAAAAUCGCUAAAACAGCACGUCGUGGGCGAACGGCGGUGCAAGGAAAAAAAUGAAUAAAUGCUCUCUUUCUUCUCUCUAAAACCAAGGGCAAAUCAUUUUGUCUUUUAAUAAUUGAAAGAAAGGGCCCAGCUCCCGUAAGCAGUGUUCGCUCGCUCUACAAAAGUCCGGCACCACUGGAUUUGCUGGCCAGCGGUCUCGACAAUCUUGUAACUAAUAUUUCAGCGGCUACUGUUGCCAAGACGUUCGUGGAACAGUAUGUGUGCAGGCUUGGUUAUUCUAAGAAUUACAAGAUAAUUCACCUCAAGUUUGUCUGAGGAAUUGAUCAAACUAAUGGGUACAUACCUUAUCGCAACCACUGCAUAGCAUCCACAAGCAAACGGUAUGGUGGGACGUUUUUGCCGCCUGCUAAAGGAGCCUCAAGAGCUAGCGGUGACUCAACACGAUGGACAGUUCGGUUACCCCUUCUCGGCAUUCGUCUCUCUUAUAAAAAUGAGAUCAGGUUCGCCAGCAGAAAUGGUCGACGGUCAGAGUCUCCGAUUACCUUCAGAAGUUUUUGUUCGACCAAGCGACAAAACAAAUGAUAAUAUAUCUGAUUUGAUCAUUCUGUCUCCGUCGUUCGGAGAGGAUGCAUGUUUUACACGCUCUAUAACAAAUCGUUAUCAGAUUCCGAAGGCCGAUUGGUCGUUGUCUGCCAGUGUCAAGGUGUUAUUGAUGGCAAACAGUAGUAGUGUUGUGCGCCGAAUAGUAGUGUGUAAAGUUUAAUAGUGCUUACGAGUGUAGCGUACCAGUUACUUGUGUAGCAUCUUGCUAUGCUUCGUGUUAUCCCUCUCCUGUGUUGUCCGUACUGCUCUGUCUCGCUUACUUGUAUGUAAGUCGAAUAGUUAGUCAGUUUUUUGUUUUUGUUUACCAUAAAAUUUUCGUUUUAGAAAAAAAGAUAACAAUAAUAAAGAAUCUUCUUUUCCGAUCUCUUUGGCCAGGGUGGCCGGGAUGAUAGUCGAAAUGACUUCCUCCAAUGACGGGAUCACCCCGGUUGCCAACAAAGAAGAAUGUCGGAGAUCCAAGAGGAUCCAAUCUGUUGUGUCUAGUUUCCUGACGUCCUCGGAUAGUGGGCAGGGGAGCCGCAUCUCGCAUCGGGGUGAAUAUAUUGGGGAUUCAUGAUGCCCAGUAAAAAAAAUGGACUUGUUAGGAAUAACAAAGUCCUUGCAUAGUAAGUAUUCGGCAGUGACCGACGUACUUCGGGUCCGCACAAAUAAAAUCCAGGUUGUCGUAAACGACCGAGUACAGGCGAACGCCAUUGCUAUAUUCAAAUCCCUGGGUCCGGAGCCGUGAGUGUGGAGCUGGCUCCAAAUUUUUUCGGAGCCGGUAGGAGCCGGCUUUGAUUUCCCAGUGAUUUCCCAUCACUAAUAGUACUCUUUGAAAACACAUCUGAGGAAACUAUGUAUAUACUGCACAUCACCUCAAUGAGGAUUCAUUCAAUAAACUAACUUCAAGUGAAGGUUAACUACAAAUCGACAACUGACUACUUUGAUUUAUGUUAUACAUCUUUAGUUCAAGCAAGCAAACCGAAGUGAAAGGUUCAUUCGAUCUUAGACGAAAUACGCUUAGCACGAAUAUAAAGCUGUGUAUGUGAAAAAAUGCAGGAAGAGCUUAUCUCGCUGUAUGUUUUGGGACACGAUAACACGGUUGUACGUUUUAUGCUCAAAAAGCGCACACCACUCCACAGGCUAAUGAAGGCGUAUUGCGAUCGUUUGGGUCUGGUGGGCGUUGGUAGCGUUGUUUGAGUUCGAUGGACUUCUAAUAGAAGAAAAUGACACCGCGGCAUCCCUCGAGUUGGAUGAUGAAGACGAGAUUAUGGCCUACUGGCCACCCCAGCAUGAUGGUACGGAUUAGUUCCAUAGCUUGACCGUAUUUGUUCUUUAGCUGACUGUCGUUUUUUACCAGAUUGAUUUGUGAAUAAGAUGCGUAAGGUGAGAAAAACUCACUUCUCACAAAAGGCGCGCGCAGAGUAAGUGGAAAUGCAUACAUUCAUUAUGCAUCUCAACGGAGUCUAGUGCUGAUGCAGUGUGGCCAUAAUUUAUGCACAAUAAAUUACUUUAGGUAGUAAAGGCUUCCACCACCGUCUCUUAUCUGGUUCACGUUUCUGCAUGUCUUCCGGUAUAUGCAACACUUCCGAAAAAUUAAAACGUGUGUGGGUUGUAUGGUAUUUUGUGGAUUUGCUUUUUUUUACUUGCUGUCUUUUCGCAUUUUCCAAAACAAGGGUUUACCAUCAACAUACAACUCAUUCCGUUGCAGCUCAAGUGUUUUUACAGCCUUGGUGUAAUUGAGCAUCAUCGACCCGUGCCCAAUUUCCAUGUCGGUUGAUGAUGGAAAACGUUUCAAUUCGGAAAAGGUGCUCCGUAAGGAUGAGUCAUUGUCCUGCUUUGUGUCAAAAGGGGUAAAUGGCUGUGAAUGUGUUUUUAAGGUAACACGCAAUGCUGAUAUUGAUAAUAUUGAACAACGUAACCUAUAUGAUGUUGUUCUUGUGUAUAUUUCCACCGAAAAAUUCGGGAACGCUGAUAUUCUCUUGCGUUUAAUAAAGCAGCAUGCCAAGCAAAACGAGGACUACACUAUUGCCCGCAUCAAUCUGAAAAAUAACAUUAGUGCAUUGGCCAUAAAUGCAUUGUCUGAAUACCCAAUAAAUUUUAAAGAUGUUGCGCAAGAAAUAAUGACGGUUACAACACUAACGAAAAUACUUUAGUAUCUCGGAGAAUGGUGAACUCAGAACAGUUUCUUCAGUGGCGAAUUUGCUCGUUUUUAAGCCAGACAGGAAAGUUUUUCCGAGAUCGAGGGAUGCAUCUUGUUUGGGAAGAGAGUUAUGAUACCAAGAAGUCUUCAACAACGAUGUCUUGCGAACUACACAUCAAGCAUCCUAUGAUACAAUCCUAUGAUGAAUGAUUUUACAGGAUUUUGAUUUUGAUGUUGAGCAUAGAUCAGGUGAAAAAUUGCGUCAUGUAGGUUGUCUGAGUAGAUACCCAGAACAAAACGUAAUGAUAAUUUCCGAGGUUACGGCACGAAUGAAAAAACAUCAGGUUAAUGACGAGACGCUUAUAGCCAUUAUCGAAGUGUUAAAAGAAAAACCAUACGGUUCUUACAAAAUGAAAGGUGAUAUUCUUUACAAUACGGUUGAUGGAAAUGAUUUGUUGGUUAUCCCUAAAAAUAUGGAGAAAAAAAUUAUACUAGAUGCGCAUAAUAUGGGUCAUUUUGCGUGUGCAAAAACUGUGCAUAGUAUAAAUCAACAAUAUUUCAUACCACACGUAGAUCAAAAGGUCAAACAAGUAAUUGAUAGUUUUGUGAGAUACAUUAUGCAUAAUAAUAAGCUAGGGAAAAAGGAAGGGUUUCUAAAUCCCAUUGAUAAAGGAAAUAGUCCUUUGCAAACUAUUCACUUAGAUCACAUUGGACCAAUGGAUAUUACCAUUAAACAAUACAAGCAAAUCUUAACGGUCGUAGAUGCCUUUUCUAAAUUUGUUUGGCUUUACCCCACAAAAUCUACGGAUGCGGAAGAAGUGAUAGCGAAGCUGCAAAGUUGGUCUGAGAUUUUUGGAGACCCACAGAGGAUUAUAACAGAUCGAGGAACAGCUUUCACUUCUAACAGUUUUGCAGAUUAUGUAAAAAAUAGGCAAAUAGAACAUGUUGUAAACACCACCGGUGUUCCAAGAGGAAAAGGACAAGCCGAAAGGGUUAACAGGGUCGUGUUGUCCACAUUAGCAAAACUAAGUUCCAAAGAACCUUCUAAAUGGUACAAAUCGGUAGGACUAGUUCAACGUGCGUUAAACUCUCAUUGGCAUGCUACUACAAAACAGACUCCAUUUCAUACGAUGUUUGGCGUUACAAUGCGUAAUGGCGAUGCAGAUUAUUUACGGAAAAUAAUUGAUGCAGAAAUGUACGAAUUCUUUGAAAACGGAAGAUCAUUAAUGAGAGAAAAGGUUAGGAACGAAAUUGAGAAAGCUCAAAUAAUGCACAAAAAGAACUAUGACAAAUCACGCAAAGUAGCCGUUGGAUACAAAGUAGGAGAUCUCUAUAAAACGAACUGA